UAUGAGCUGAGCGAAAGUCCAACAUUUGUUUCUUGUUAUAUGUUAAUUCUACAAUAGGUACAACGUCUAUAAUGCUCUUCUUCAGACGCUUCCACUCGAUUUGUCAGCGUACGGCUUCACACCACCGCUACUAUCAUUGCCCGUUAUACAUCCAGCAUUGUUGUCGUCCAUCGUCGAUAUGCAGAAUUCGAAUUCAAAACCUGCAACUUUUUCACUCUUUCCUUACGCUCCCCUUACAUUGCCCUCCGCCCCUUUUAACGUUACCGUAUUUGGCGUGGCGCCGACGAAAUUUCACUUCGCAUUUCAUGCUUUGUCGGUUUUUCUUGCUGCGCCGUUUUUGAACAAUCAUGUUCUCGUCCGUCAUCGCCGCGUUGUCGUCGCUUUCGUUCGUGGACGAGGGUGCAUUUCGAUUUCGGACGACGACAGCGAUGACGGCGACACUUUCACCACCAACGAACGGAAUCCAGGUCAAAUUCGCAAAUUCGCCGUCAUGCAUUCAAUCGAUCCUGGCGAAUCUGGGAAGUUUAAUCAGACAGAAAGCAACAAUAAUGAAAGUGCACCACCACAGGUAUCCUCUUCCCGAUCGGACAGCGAUUCUACGGUAUCACCGGCCGCUCCUCGUCACAAUGUCAUUGUAAAGAAUCAUUCUAAGAGGAAAAAAGGCGGUGUCGGUCAGCAGACAGAGGGUCGUGUGUGUCAGCAACACAUGCGGAAACGAAGUUUUCAAUAUCUUUAUGAGCUUUUUGUGAUCACUCUCACUCAGGAACUCGUUAAAGACAGUGCGUAUUGGGAGCGGCGACGGAAGAAUAACGAUGCAGCGAAAAAAAGCCGAGACAGCCGACGGCAGAAAGAAGACGACAUGGCAUGUCGUGCAGCAACACUCGAGCAAGAAAAUAUUAAACUUCGAGCGGAGUUGGAGCAGUUAAAAAAUGAGACAGGACAUUUGCGAGCACUAAUGUUGCAUGCGCCAGUGAAGUUCCUUUUGCACAAAAAAGAGCUUCGAAAAACUGUUGAGGAAAAGACGUUUUCUCGGAAUAGACGAGAGUGGGACCAAGGCAGAGCUAACAACUGUUCGAUGUUCCCUUAUAAGGCAAAAAUGUCACUCCCGUCCACAUUUUGGGAAGCUUAAUA